AUGAACGUACCGUUCAAAACAUCCUCCGAGCCCGGAACAGUUGGAGGCUUUGAGACGACUCUGGGCAAGGUCUCAAAUGUGACCUAUUCUAUCCUCCCGCCCCAAUACGAUGGUGGCUUACACAAUGCGCCAUAUGCACAGUGGGUUUAUUUCACUACUGGACUGGCAUAUAUUACGCUCCCCGACGAUAAAGAUACUAGUACGCUUGUCAAUGGAGGUCAAUUUGGCCUCAUAUUCGCUGCCGAUACAGCGGCUGUCAGCCAAAGAGGACAUCGUACCCAAUAUCCCGGUGUUACCGAGUCGAUUGUGCUCCAAAUUCCGACAAGCGAUGGGAAAGUACCUGAACAUAACGUGCUACACAUGGGUCCGUGUGAUUUUAACGAAGUCUCUGGAGCUCGUGGAGUUACACUGACCUUAGAAAAUCGGGAAUGUAUCACACAGGGAGUCAAGAACUGGGCUAACAAUAUGCUACCUUUUAUUUCUUGCUGA